UUUAGAGAGCGUCGAAGAAAAAUUCGAGAAGAUGCUGCACCUCGUAGUAGAAAAUAUCUCGGUAGAGAUCAUACAGCGGCAAACCAGAUGCUAAUUGGCGACUACUUUGCCAAUGAGCCUACAUAUGACGAUGCAAUGUUUCGUCGUCGGUACCGGAUGCAAAAGCAUCUUUUCCUUCGAAUCGUUGAUGACCUUUCAAGUAGUGAUAACUACUUCACCCAACGCGUUGAUGCAGCCAAUAAACAAGGUAUAUCACCCUUAGCAAAAUGUACCACAGCAAUGCGAAUGUUAGCAUAUGGUGUGGCAGCAGAUGCGGUCGAUGAGUACAUCAAAAUUGGAGGUACUACAGCAUUGGAGUGUUUACGUAGAUUCUGUAAAGGAAUCAUACGAUUGUAUGAGCAACAGUACCUGAGAGCACCAACCCAAGAAGACCUGCAAAGGAUAUUACAUGCUAAUGACAUGCGGGGGUUCCCAGGCAUGAUCGGGAGUAUUGACUGCAUGCACUGGGAGUGGAAAAAUUGUCCUAAAGCAUGGGAAGGUCAAUUUACUAGAGGGGAUAAGGGAACCACAACAGUUAUUCUUGAAGCAGUUGCAACUUAUGACCUAUGGAUCUGGCAUGCCUUUUUUGGAUGUCCUGGAACGUUGAACGACAUAAACGUUCUAGAUCGGUCACCAGUGUUUGAUGACGUGGAACAGGGAAAGACUCCAGCUGUGAAUUUCGUUGUGAAUCAACGUCCCUAUAAUAUGGCAUACUAUCUAGCCGAUGGUAUCUAUCCUUCUUAUCCAACUUUCAUCAAAACGAUUAGACUUCCUCAAAGUGAACCCGAUAAGUUAUUUGCAAAAGUUCAGGAGGGAUGUCGGAAGGACAUCGAACGUGCAUUUGGAGUUCUUCAAGCUCGUUUUCAAAUCAUCCGUGAACCAGCUCGCUUGUGGGACAUAGAUGACUUGAGUAUCAUUAUGAGGUCAUGCAUCAUAUUACAUAAUAUGAUUGUCGAGGAUGAACGAGAUACAUAUGCUCAACGUUGGACCGAUUUUGAGCAAUCUGGGGAAGGUGGAUCUAGUACACAGCAACCAUACUCGACCGAGGUUUUACCCGCUUUUGCAAAUCAUGUGCGUGCUAGAUCCGAGUUGCGUGAUUCAAAUGUUCAUCAUGAACUGCAAGCAGAUCUAGUGAAGCACAUCUGGGCAAAGUUUGGAAUGUCUCAGGAUUGAAGAUGAUUUGUAUCGUACUAUUUACGUUAUUUGUGUGUUGUGUGCUUAGUUUUUCCUUGUCUUGCAUUUUAAGAUAUUGUGUGCUUAGUUUGUUGUCUUGCAUUUUAUUUUAAGAAAAUAAAAUAAAUUCUUGUAUG